AGCAGAGUCUCCUAAUAACAAUCUGCUGUUGAUCCGAAGUAACAAAGAUUGAAACUUUGUCAUCAACUCAUCAGUUCAAACCCAACCCUUGUUUUCUCAGACUCAUCUUUCCCACCCCACUUGUCAUUUUCUGUCUCUACGGAGAACCCUGUUGUGGUUCCUGUCACUUUCUAUCUCCGUGAUUUCGACACUUGGUCAGUCAGUUUUUAUUUACCAAUGUCGCCAGUUUCUCAGCUUCUCUCACGCACUGCAUUUGGUUUCGGUUAUAUAUGUCAUUCUUUGUUAUUCACAUUGCCACAUUGGUGAUUAGUUAUUGGGUCUAGAGGCAGAGGCAGAUGGCGGCGAAGGUUAAGAAAAUGGUGGAGUCAGUGUCAUUGUGCAAGAGGUUGAUGAUGAUGGAUGAGGAGGUGCAUAAAUGGGGUUGUCUGAAGCAGACAGGGGUGAGAGAUUGGUACUUGGAUUCUUUCCGUGACCUUAGAUCCUUCCCUGAGGUCAAGAAUAUGAAUGAUGAGAAAGAAUUCACUGAAAUGAUUAAGGCCAUCAAGGUGAGACACAACAAUGUGAUUCCCACGAUGGCCUCGGGUGUUCAGCAAUUGAAGAUUGUUUACGAGGAUCCUGAUGAGAUUGAUCAGUUCCUUGAUCGCUUUUACAUGUCAAGAAUUGGAAUCCGUAUGCUAAUCGGGCAACAUGUUGAGUUGCACAACCCCCACCCGCUUCCCAACUGUGUAGGUUAUAUACACACACAUUUGUCUCCUGUGGAUGUGGCGAAGAAUGCUAGUGAGGAUGCACGUGCUAUGUGUUGUCGUGAAUACGGAAGUGCCCCUGAUGUUCAUAUCUAUGGGGACCCUGAUUUUACUUUUCCGUAUGUUCCAGCUCACUUGCAUCUUAUGGUGUUUGAGUUGGUUAAGAACUCACUGCGUGCUGUCGAAGAGCGUUUUAUGGAUUCUGACAAAGUUGCUCCUCCAGUUAGAAUAGUAGUUGCUGAUGGAAUAGAAGAUGUUACCAUAAAGGUCUCAGAUGAGGGAGGUGGAAUACCACGAAGCGGUCUUCCGAAAAUCUUCACAUACCUCUACAGUACAGCCGAAAACCCAUUGGAUGAACAUUCAGAAUUUGGAACUGCCGAUAAUGUAACAAUGGCUGGAUAUGGUUAUGGGCUUCCUAUUAGCCGCUUGUAUGCUAGGUAUUUUGGGGGUGAUCUUCAAGUAAUCUCUAUGGAAGGAUAUGGGACUGAUGCAUAUCUACAUUUGUGUCGUUUGGGAGAUUCACAAGAGCCUUUGCCCUGAAUCAAAGUAUAGGGUGGUUCCGUUUUACCCAUUAUCUGAUUUACUACAAGUGAAGCCAGUAAAUAUUUUACUAGUACAUACAUGUUAAGCUUCUUCUUCAAUCAUAGCAUUAUCAUAAAUAUGGACACUGGUGAUUAGAUACAUAGAUACAUGUUAAGCAUUGGACAAAAGAAGCAGUCAUGGCAUUCCAAGAAUCAAUGGCAGAGUCCUUUUGGGGCAUGAGCUGAAAGACACGAAAAGCCUCAUCCACCAGUAGAAUUUUAUCCAACUUACUAGUGAUAUGAAAUUUGAGCUAUUUUGCAGUAAAUACUUAAAUGAAGAGUUUUUUGUUAAGGGUGCUUGAGGCAUAUUCAUAAUUUCUCCAUUGGGGUGAAUUGUAACUAAUAAAUAUGAAACAUACUUUAAAUAAAAAUUUAUUCAAAUA